AUGCCCCGCAGAGAACAAGGCGACAGAAAACUCGCCCGUCUUCGAGCUCAACUGCUUGAACCUGCCGGUGGCGCGGGAUCUGGUGGUGGUACCGGUUUUGAUGUCAGCAAGGCAGGUGAUGCCCGUGUCGCACUGGUCGGUUUUCCUUCAGUCGGAAAGUCUACUUUCCUGUCGAAGAUCACCAAGACUAAGUCUGAAGCCGCUGCCUACUCUUUCACCACAUUGACAGCCAUUCCUGGUGUACUGGAAUAUGGCGGUGCUGAGAUCCAGAUUCUGGACUUGCCCGGUAUCAUUGAAGGUGCCUCUGAGGGCAAGGGUCGUGGUCGUCAGGUCAUCUCUGCUGCCAAGACCAGUGACUUGGUUCUUAUGGUUCUGGAUGCUACAAAACGCGCUGAGCAGCGUGCACUCCUCGAGGCUGAAUUGGAUGCCGUUGGUAUUCGACUGAACAAGGAGCCUCCUAACAUCUACCUCAAGGUUAAGAAGGCCGGUGGCUUGAAGAUUACUUUCCAAACACCGCCCAAGAACCUGGAUGAGAAGAUGAUCUACAACGUUCUGCGGGACUACAAGAUUCUGAACGGCGAGAUCUUGGUGCGAGAUGAGAAUGCCACAAUUGACGACUUCAUCGACGUCAUCAUGAAAGAUCACCGCAAGUACAUUCGAUGCCUGUACGUAUACAACAAGAUCGAUGGCGUUAGCCUCGAAUUCUUGGACCAACUGGCCCGCGAACCCUACACCGCCGUCAUGAGUUGCGAGCUUGACCUCGGCGUGCAAGAGGUCGUGGAACGCAUCUGGAAGGAACUGAGACUUAUGCGUCUUUACACGAAGCGAAAGGGAGAAGACCCCGACUUUAGCGAGGCUAUGAUUGUCCGCCGUGAUUCAACCAUCGAAGAUGUGUGUGACUCGAUCCAUCGCACGCUGAAAGAGACUUUCAAGUACGCGUUGGUAUGGGGUGCCAGUGCCCGACAUAUGCCACAACGCGUGGGAUUGGGCCACAUGGUCGCGGACGAGGACGUUGUGUCGAUCGUAGCAAAAUAG